AUGCAACAGCAGUCCCUUCUGAACAGCUACCUUCUACAGACAUGGUUGGGUCUCGUACUUGCAGUAUCUAUCAUUGGACUACUUUGUCUCAACUUCCGCACGCAUCCAUCGUCAUGGCAAACCAUUUCUGAUAACCUGGAUGCUUUUCAAGUUCGCCAGUAUUUGCUUCGCAGGGCACUGGAAGAGGACCAUUUGUUUGUUCCUGCCAACCAUCCCCAUCUGCGGUUUGUUGGUCGUUGGACGUCAACAUCCACCGGGUCCAGGCAGGAUGCUGCAUUUCCAGGCUCUUACAUUGAAUUUACCGUGUGCAACACGACCUCGAUCUUUUGCGACUUAAAGAACAAACCCAGAGACCGCACCCAAGAGCGAGAAGAGCACCAACGCGUUGCCGCAAGGCGGGUUCUCCUCUUCUCAGAGUCAGACUCCACAAGAGGAUCUAGCCGUGUUAGCCUACUGGUGGAGAUUAAUGGUCAAGAUAUAUUCGGACAUGAAGAAGCCUUGGGAAUUGUACCAAUUGCCAGGGGACUUGACCCUCGAAUUGUGCAUCACAUCAGAAUAACAUAUCUUGGCUCUACAGAAGGGUUUCAGUCCACUCUCCAGGUCCAUGGACUCUGGGUCGGUCUUCCAGCACUCGUCACAAACGUCACAAUCGACCAAUCAAUGAAGCCAUCGUCUCAUUACCAUGAGCACCUUUGCCUUGAACCCCAUAGGAGCACGACAACUCGAGGAAAACAGCCCAAUCCAACAGUUGAAAUCGUCACAUUUGAGAGGUCACUUUCACCUUUCUCGGCCAGCGAGGACUCAACAACUACUCAAGCUAGACUUCACACGUGGUAUCAUCGUCUCAGCAAAGCCAAUUCCCUUGAUGUCACCCUUCUCCCGAUGUCCGAGACUGGUAUGCACUCCAAGCAAUCAAUCGUCACCAUUCAGGACCUAUUCUUCCGCUCAGGCCCACCGGGCACGCUGCAUUACUUGCACCCAUGGAGCUUUGACUCGACCAAUCGCCCUUCGGUAUUGAUACUCCAACCUGGAAUAGAGGAAUUUGCUUCAUUGUUGUCAGCUAUCUCGUCUGUCAAUGCCAUCAGCCACCAUACGCUGGAAAGGUUGAAGAUUGACUUCAUUACAUCACUUGUCCGACUCAUCCUAACGAUUCGACGUGUUGCGUAUCCCCAUAUGGCCAGCCAACCGAAAAGCCACCGCAACGACGACCACAGCCACAGCCAGAGCUUCGGCGACAGCUAUAGCUACGUCUCGGCCCCCUCGACUCUACCGAUAUUCCUCAUCGCUCCCUUCUCGUCAGUGCUCACCCAGAUCCCGUCCACCGAGCCUUUGACCUUGCACUCGGUGAUAUCAGAGUGCCUGUCCGCGACAGUCAGCAUGCUGCGUGCACAAGGGGACAUAUCAACGGCAUGGAUCGACACGACAGGCUGGGUGGAUGCGAACCAUGAUUUCAUCUCCGCGGGGAGCCAAGAGAAGGACUUCCGCACCGGACUGAGUGUGCACGAUAAGAUCGCUUCGGACAGGGUAUUCAUGACGCCACAGGCCGGUCAAAGGGUCGCAUCGUGGCUUCAUGUGCAUCUCUGCCCCUAUCUCGAGGAAUCCACGUAUGCGGAGCCUGAUCAGAUGCGGCCCGACCCUCCGUGCGAGGUCCACAGACAUGACCGAUAUGUCGGCAGUGUCUUCCUGCCGGAGCAGAUACAGAUGGAGAGGAAGCUGCUCCAGAGAAAGACCGCCUUACUCAAGCUGACAUUUGGACUCGACGGGGUGGGUUGGCAUGAUAUGUCUUGAUUCUUUUCCCAGUGAGAGACUCGAUUGAACCUAUCCUAGAGUGGAACUCCCUAACAAGCAUGAUGUUCACGGAUCUGAGGCUGAUAACCCAUCAU